AUGGCAGCGAGAGUCCUCAAGCUGCAUGAUAUGUGGGUACCUCUACCUGGGAAUCUAAGCUUCCUUGAGUUUAGGUUGGUAAAAUCCAGACAGGUACUUGGGUACCUCAAGUACCCUGAAAAUCUUAGCCUUGAAACCGGGCAGCCAGACUCACUCUGUACCACCGUACCUGUCAGCGCCGCCUUUAUGGGGCUAGACUAG